CUUUGCUCAUAGAAAAUGUGAAUUGUAUAUAUGUACCAUCCACAUAACUGUAUGUCAUAUGUUCCAGGGUGCAAUGCAAGACCUUAGCAACCUCCAGCAGGAAAUCUACCCGAGCAUGCAACACCGGAUAGCUGUGUCCCCACAGAUGCAGCAGCAUCAUCAUCCACAACAAGUGGUGACCCCACCUCGACUCCACUACCACCCCACCCUGCUGUCACCUCCUCCUGAAGUGCUCUCUCGUUCAAGCUCCGACUCCUCACUGCACCAAAACCUGGUUCAAGGCAAGACGGUCAACAAUAGGAAAGUGUCAGCACCGGCAGAGGUUCGAGCUGAUCCAGGGCUAGGAAUAAAUUUUUUCGAUACCGGAAGAUUGGGGCAUGAGCUGCAGCCAAGACCAAAGUCAGGUUGUGAAUUAACACAUCCAGCUGAUGUUAACACGCUUAACCACAUACCAAGGAGUGCAAAUAAGCCCAUUCCACCAAUUAUCAAUAUUGGUGGAGCUGGACCUGGGGGAGGGGUUGCUGGAGGAGGGGGUGGAGGGGGAGUUGGGGCAUUACCGAACACCGGCUCUCUACCAGAUUUGACACAGGUGCAGCAUCUUCAGUUGAUGACCCCUCCCAUGCCUGACACAGAUUUAGUGAGUGUGUCAAGUUUAGCGGGAUCACCAGGUCUCGGGUCAGGUUUCCCGACAGGAGGACUAAGCGAGUCAUACGGCAGCGGACAGCCCUCAUCACGCGGCACGUCCCCAGGACCAUCCCCGUCCCUCAUUCGCAAGCAGAAGCCGAAGCCAUACCAGCCCUUGCCUGUAAAUCGUGGAGCCCAUCAUGCCCAGAGCAAAAAUCAUUUGUCUGUCCCUACUGUAAUUAAUGCACGCUACCUCCAUACAUGUAAGGGAAUGACGGUAGACAACAGUAGCACAACUGUAGAUACACACCAAGCUAAUUCGGGAUUGAAUAUUUAUGGACAGCCGUUAUCACCCAGCGGUUCUCAUCCUGCCAGUCCGAAUCACCUCUCCUUCAUGGAAUAUAGAAAUCCCGUUAGUCCUCAGCUAAGUCCCAGAAGCUCACCUGGACCUUGCCAUCCACGACAUACUGGCGGGUUAGGAAGCUAUAGCAGCAACAGCCCAAGUGACUCGAGGAGUGCACCCCCGUCCCCCAGUGCCCCCCAGGCUUCACCUGUCUCUUCCCCUGGGGUUACCCUCUCAAAAACCCCAUUCAGUUACGAGUAUAAUACACAAACACACGCACAAACCAAUCAGCUCAACCAGCAAUUUGAGCAGUGUAAUAUGAUUGACAAUUCACCAGGUUCAAGUAGUAGCUAUGCAUCAAGUGGGAAUGGCAAUCUUCAGCAACAGACGAGAAUGGACAUGAGCUUGGAGAGUAGUGCGGGCAGUGGAUAUGUUACUAAUACAACUUCAUCAAGUCCAAGUGGGCCGCCACCAGCCUAUCACAUCUCAACCAGCCAAGCACACUCCCAGACUCUCUCACAAAAUGUCUCACAAUCCAUUUCACAAUCCCAUUCCCAGCCAACUGGUCCCCCUCCGCCAUAUCCCCUGCCUAGUCCAUCAUCGCCAGCGCAUCAUCAACAGCAGCAGUCACAUCAGCAUCACCAAAAUCAACAACUUCAGCAACAACAUCAGCAACAACAACAACAACAGCAACAACAGCAGCAGCAACAGCAGCAGCAACAACAACAGCAACAACAACAGCAACAACAACAACAACAACAGCAACAGCAGCAGCAACAGCAGCAGCAACAGCAGCAAACACAACAGCAGCAUCAUCAGUCCCCUACUCAUCACCCUCAUCACCCACCCUCUCCCGUCCAGCAGAUCCCCUCCCAUCACCCUCCUUCACCUGGACAAGGUCCUCUCAGUCCAAACCAAGGGCAGCACCCGCCCACGCCCCAGACACCUCAGACUCCAAAUUUCAUUCCGAGAGUUAUUCUUACAGCUCAUGAUGGCAAUGAGAGUGAAAGCUUACUACAUGAUGAAAUCACUUUUGGUGAUGUGUUUGGUUCAGUUAUGCCAUAUGAACAAGGGUCCUUUGAGUCAGAUAUAUUGGGAAAUAUGAGCCCGCUUGAUGAGAGUGAUUUAAGCAUGAUGGUGGAUCAGGGAACAGUAGACCAGCUACUGGUAGAUCAAGAGACGGAGGAAAGUUUUCGCAGAGAUCAUCGCACCACAUCAUCCACCUCAUCUGGACCCUAACCUUCGCUUCUUCAGGUUGAUUAUGUGGAAUGUUAAAACCCAUUGCCAAUACAGACACAACCAUGACUGCUGGUGCAUCAGCCAUCUUCAGCUACUAGCCACCUGUGUGAUAAUGUCUGUAGCUAUUAGAUUUACUCAAGUUUCACUCCUAUCACCACUGGAAUGCCGAAUAUAGGAAAUACAACUGUUUUGCUGCGGCAUCAGUUUUGUGAUUUCCAAGUAAUGGUGGUGUAAUUUUCUUGCUCCUUCCAUGGAAGUUUUGUGCAAAUAGUUUCUUUAUUCAAAAAAUAUAUU